AUGACCGUCCAGGAGAUGAUCCACAGCAGCAGAGGCAUGAGUCAUCGUGUUCUAAGGCUCAGCUUGCCCGCGUACGCUUGGCGGCAAGAGCCCCUGCGCGGGGUAACAUCUUCUGCCGGCGUCAAUCUCUCGGCCGAGGGUGAUUACAGCUACGCCACCUCGUUCCUAGCCCAUUCUCAUAGGAGCUGCCUUGGACGGCUCAACUUCUGGACUCCCAACGUCAACCCCUUCUGGGACCCCGCGCUGGGGCCCCGGUUAGGAGACACCCGGGGGCACACCCUUUCAAACUUCAGGCCGUACGUGCACGCCCUGGUCGGCGUGCCAGGCGGAUACGACGCUAAGUACAAGUGCAUCGUCGCCACCUGCAAGCACUUUCUGCCACAUGCCACCGUUCAAGAGCUGUGCGCGGCAAACUCCAACGUCGGCGCCUGCUUGUGCUCCUACAAUGCCGUCAACGGCGUGCCUAGCUGCACCGAACCCUGGCUGCUCAACGACUUCUGCGGGGACCCUGGGGCCGGACCAACGAGCAGCAGCCUAAUUAGCGAUUCGCUCAUUCGCCAGGUUUCGUCCUUCAUUCUCCUAGCCCCCUUCGACGCGCGGGGGAAGCAGCCGUAUAGGGAGCUAAGCUUCACCGAUGUCAACACGCCACACGCCCCGCAGCUCGCCUACCAGGGUAAUCCGAUCACGGACCCCCCGGUCGGGACGGGUAUCAUCCUGCACGUGGGCGGCAUCGACACCCGGCGUCGAGUCCAAGGGGAUGGACCGCCACGCGACGUGAUCGGGCGGCUCGCGCGGUACGGCAAGCGGACGGCAAGCGGAUGGCCGUCGUAA